AUGGGAUCUUCUUCUCCUCUUAUUAAUGAAUUCAAAGCUUCCAUGGACAAGAAAUUCAAAAUGACAGAUCUUGCAGAGUUGCAGUACUUUCUUGGGCUUGAGGUGAAGCAAGUUGAAGAUGGCAUCUUUGUGUCAAAGAAGAAAUAUGCUGCUGAUUUGCUUAAAAGGUUUAACAUUUUGGGUUAUAAAAUUGCAGCCACACCAACGAAUUUAAAUGAAAAAUUGCAAGUUAAUGAUGUUAUUUCUAGGUUCAUGCAUUAUCCAUCAAAGCAUCAUUUUAGAGCUGCAAAAAGGGUUCUACGUUAUAUUGCUAGAACAGUCGAUUUUGGGAUAUGGUAUGGUCAUGUUUCAGAGUUCAAAUUAUUUGGCUAUACUGAUAGUGAUUGGGCUGGGUGUUUGGAGGAUAGAAGAAGCACAUCUAGUUAUGUUUUUAGUCUUGGAUCAGCUGCUGUGUGUUGGAGUUCAAAGAAGCAAACAACAACAGCCUUGUCUUCAUCUGAAGCAGAAUAUACAACUGCAAGUUCAUCAGCAUGUUAA